UGGGUGAAAAGGUACUGGCGGGUACCACUUCUCCACACAGCUACCGCAUUUAAAGGCUUGCGGAGAACUGAUAGUGGGCGAUGGGUGGCUAGGAAGUAGUGUGUACUUAGAUUUUUUUUUUCUUUUUUGAGGGGAGAGGGCAUAGAAUUUGUGGAAAGAGCGAGAGCUUCACAACACUCUGGGGGUGUCGCGUGUGGCUCCUCAAAGAGAUUUCUUUUUGGAAGGGGGAGAAGCCUUUCUCCUCGACGCGCAUCCCUCUCCCGCUGCGUUGAAGAGGGCGGGGGAGGCGUGCGCACGCUCUAGUUGGCUAGCCACUCGGCACCUCGCUGCGAUAGGGGCCGUUCGGAGUUGGGGCUGCUCCGUUGGCUUUCUCCGCCCCUCCCCCUCUCCUUUCCUCCCCUCCCUUCCCCGCCCCCCUCCGCCCCUCUCUCCUAUCCAUCUGAAUUCCCUGGCUGGAGUACGCGUGCGCCUGGUCAGCUCCCGGGCGAGCGCGAGCUCGAGCUCGUACCCCGCUCCCCUAACCCCGCCCGCUCUUUACCUACCGGCCGUAGCUGGCCCGGUGGGCUCGCGGGGAGACGCUCACGCGCGCACGCGCACACGACGGGGAGCAAAGCCCGAGACAUCGAGGAGGGGAGUAAGAAGCAUCCGAGGAGGCGAUAGAGGAGGAGACGGUGUGUGUGUUGCUAUGGAAAUAUAUGACCACAUAAAAGGAAGUCCAUUCUGAUAAUUCUGAUACCUGAGAUGUAACUGGACUGAAGAGUUGAACAGGAAAGAUUUUAGUGCCAACCUAGUUACAAUGGCCACUGAUUCAGGGGAGCCAGCCAGCACGGAAGAUUCUGAGAAACCUGAUGGAGUUUCCUUCGAAACCAGGGUUCCUCAAGUUGCUGCAACUUUGACAGUAGAAGCUAAACUAAAGGGAAAAAACAGUACCUUUUCUGCUACUGGGGAAACCAUAGAAAGAAAGAGAUUUUUCCGUAAGAGUGUUGAGAUGACAGAAGAAGACAAAGUUGCCGAAUCUUCCCCCAAAGAUGAGAGAAUAAAGGCUGCAACAAAUAUUCCUCGAGUAGAUAAGCUUCCUACAAAUGUGCUAAGAGGUGGACAAGAAGUCAAAUAUGAACAGUGUUCAAAGGCAACAUUGGAAUCCUCAAAAGAUUGUUUGAAGGAGAAAAAUGAAAAGGAAAUAGAAGAAGAAGCAGAAAUGAAGGCUGUUGCAACUUCUCCUAGUGGCAGGUUCCUGAAGUUUGACAUAGAGUUGGGAAGAGGAGCAUUUAAAACAGUAUAUAAAGGACUGGACACUGAAACAUGGGUUGAGGUUGCUUGGUGUGAGCUGCAGGACCGGAAGUUAACCAAAGCUGAGCAGCAGCGGUUUAAGGAAGAAGCAGAGAUGCUAAAAGGUCUCCAGCACCCCAAUAUAGUUCGAUUUUAUGAUUCCUGGGAAUCUAUAUUAAAAGGAAAGAAAUGUAUUGUAUUAGUAACUGAACUAAUGACAUCAGGAACCUUAAAGACGUACUUAAAACGAUUCAAAGUCAUGAAACCAAAGGUCUUAAGAAGCUGGUGCAGACAAAUUUUAAAAGGGUUGCAGUUCUUGCACACUAGGACUCCUCCUAUUAUUCACCGGGAUCUGAAGUGUGACAACAUUUUUAUCACGGGACCCACUGGAUCUGUGAAGAUUGGUGAUCUGGGACUGGCCACCUUAAUGCGUACAUCAUUUGCUAAGAGCGUCAUUGGAACACCUGAGUUUAUGGCUCCAGAAAUGUAUGAAGAGCACUAUGAUGAAUCCGUAGAUGUCUAUGCUUUUGGAAUGUGUAUGCUGGAAAUGGCUACUUCCGAGUACCCUUAUUCUGAGUGCCAGAAUGCAGCUCAAAUAUACCGUAAAGUUACCAGUGGCAUUAAACCAGCCAGCUUUAAUAAAGUCACUGAUCCUGAAGUGAAAGAAAUCAUUGAAGGAUGUAUUCGUCAAAACAAAUCUGAAAGGUUGUCUAUCAGGAACCUACUAAACCACGCAUUUUUUGCUGAGGAUACAGGACUGAGGGUAGAGCUAGCAGAGGAAGAUGAUUGCUCAAAUUCAUCCUUGGCUUUAAGACUCUGGGUUGAAGACCCUAAAAAAUUAAAAGGCAAACACAAAGACAAUGAAGCUAUUGAAUUCAGUUUCAAUUUAGAAACAGAUACACCUGAGGAAGUAGCAUAUGAAAUGGUCAAAUCUGGAUUCUUUCAUGAAAGUGAUUCUAAAGCUGUGGCUAAAUCCAUUAGAGAUCGGGUGACCCUGAUAAAAAAGACAAGGGAGAAGAAGCCUGCUGGCUGUUUGGAAGAACGCAGGGAUUCACAGUGUAAGUCUAUGGGGAAUGUACUUCCUCAGCAGCAAACUACAACUUUGCCUCCUACUUCUGCUCAGCAUACUGGGGCUGAAUGUGAAGAAACUGAAGUUGAUCAACAUGCUCGACAGCAGCUUCUACACAGAAAACCACAACAGCACUGCUCCUCCAUUAGAGGUGACAAUUUGUCUGAAGCAGGAGCUGGAUCAGUUACACAUUCAGAUACUUCAAGUCAGCCCAGUGCAGCUUAUUCCUCAAACCAGACGAUGGGCACUCAAAUGGUUUCUAGUGUCCCACAGGCUGAUAUAAAUGUUCCAGGGCAAAUUUAUCCAUCUCAGCAACUGGUAGGACAUUGCCAGCAAGUUUCAGGGUUACAAAAGCAGCCAAAUCUGACUCAGCCCCAAAUUUUGCCUGUGGUUCAAGGUCAGUCCACUAUUUUGCCUGUACAUGUCCUUGGACCUACAGUUGUUUCACAGUCCCAAGUUUCCCCAUUAACUGUGCAGAAGGUCUCACAGACAAAGCACCAGGAACUGCAGCUGGCUCUUGGAACAGAUGGACAAACUUCAGCCCAACCCAUGAUUUUAGACUUGUCAGUUUCUGGAGUUCCACAACCAGUCCUUUCUGCCGUUUCUCCUCAGACAUUGCCUGCUUCACAGAUGACUUCCCAGCAUCCAACAAUUGGUCUUCAACUUGAGCCUGGCCCCAAAAAUGGGAAUCAGGCAUUAACCAAAGCACCAGAUGCCAAUCAGACUUCUAGUUUCUUACUGGUUAAUCACCCUCAAGCUUUGUUGAAUCAUUCUUCUGCCCAAUAUGUGAGCAGUGCACAGAAUGCUGCUGAUACAGCUCAGCUCCUUUCUAAUUCCAUCAGGGGUCAUUCAGGGGCCCAUCAUCCUUCACAAAAGAUACAGUCAGUAUCACAGCCCUGCCCAGUGGUACAUCAGGAGUCUAUAACUCCAACUUCUUCAGUGCCACAAAGCCAGACUGUGCAAUUGAAGGAAACCGUGCCUUGUUUCCAAGCCUUUAUUCAGCAGCAGCCAUUAUUUUUACAACCUAAGAUUAUGGCAUCACCACAGAAAAAUGUUCAGCAGGAUUGUAUUCUGCAAGAGUCUGAAGCUCUUGCAAGUCAGCAGCAGCCAAAGGGUGGUAUUGAAAGUGUGAUUCAGCCGCUGGAACGGCCAUCUUAUUCUGUUCAACACACUUACCCAGGGCCACCUGCAGAACUACCACCUUUCCCACUGAAGGCUCCUGAGCAGCUGCCCUUUGUGAUACAUCCCCAGGAACAAACUUCUUACUCAUCACAGCCAACUUACCCAGUCCAGGCUCCAGCACAACCUAUUUAUUCACUGCCAGCCCUGGAGCAUCCACUUUACACUGUACAACCACCGGGAUCACAGCCAGCCUAUUCCAUGCAGACUUCUUAUCCAGUCCCACCUACAGCACAGUCCUCUUAUUUGGCACUGGCCCAAGGGCAGUCUGCUUACCUAGUGCAACCUCCAGUUCGGUCACCAUUUGCAGACCAGACAGCAUAUGCGAUCCAGGCAGCUUAUCCUGUGCAACCUAUGGAACAGCCUGCUUAUCAGGCACUGCCUCUUGAACAUGUCUCUUACUCAGGACAGACUGCUUACACCAUCCAGACUACUGAACAGGCAACCUUCAUAACCCAGCAAGUAUACACAAUAAACCCUCCUGAUAGCCAGCAAGUACCCAUUAUAAACUCUACAGAUCAAAAGUUAUACUCUGUACCACCUUGUAUAGCACAGACAUCUGAGCAACAAACCUAUUUAACACAACCACAAGGUAGUACUUCUUUAACAUUGAAGCAAAAGAUGUACUUAACACCAAGCUUAGAUACGCAGUUACGUUCUACUGAACCUUUAUUUAGUGUCCAGCAUUCAGUGGCUCCAUCCCAAGCAGAUGUCAGUUUUGGACACCAGCAGCUAAAAACUCAGGUGCAGUCAACUAGUAUUACAUCUCAGAGGGCAGCAGAAGGACAACUUCAACACCCUGAGCAGAUGUCCUUCACUCAGCGGGCCUCUUCACAGUCCCAGAUCCAGCCCACUCAUUUCUCAGCACAGAUUUCCCAAUCACAUCUAACACCAAGCCAGGUUUCUCACUCAGCUUUCAUUCAGCAUCAGCAGAUGACUCAUUCAUCUCGUAGACAAGCACAGAAAAUCCAUCAUUUGUCUACUCAAGACGGUUCCAUAAAUCAACAGCAGUCUUUGUGUAGCCAAAAUACUGCUUCUCUACAGCAGAAGGUACCUGAUUCACAGACACCUAACCAAAUUCAGCCAUUACCAGGUAUUCCAAAGACCGUUCCAAACAUGGUCCAGAUUUUACCUUCUUUGCAAGAACAGUUGCAACUGGUGGCAGUGGAACAACAACAUGUAAUACAGCCUUUAGAGCAGCCUCAAGUGUUUCAGGCAUUAGACAAUAGUCAAACUUUUCCCCAUGGCAUCCAGCGACAGUCUGCUGGCCAGCCACAGUGGCAGCCAUCUUGUAGCUUAGCAGCCAUUUCUGGGUCAUCAGAACCACAAUUACAACAGCAGACCCUCUAUCAAAACUCUGGGAUAGCCCUUCCAAAUCAGCCGUCUUCUUCUGUUCAUCUCCUGACACUUAGCAUUCCAAUACAGGCUUCCACUGCCUGUCAGAGCAUUUCUGUAUUACAGACACAGCAUCAUUUGCAAGGCCAAGAAAUUCCAAAGACCAUACCCCAACCAGUUGGAGUUGAACAACAAGCAGCUCUUCAAAAACCAGAUUUAGUUAGAAGCUUGAAUCAAGAUGUGGCAGCUGUGAAGGAAAACACCAAUAACUCUGAUAACCCAGGUGGAAAUGGCAAACAGGAUCGGAUCAAACAGAGAAGAGCUUCCUGUCCUCGACCAGAGAAGGGGACUAAAUUUCAACUUACUGUCCUUCAGGUGUCAACCUCUGGAGACAACAUGGUAGAGUGCCAGCUGGAAACACACAACAAUAAGAUGGUCACCUUCAAGUUUGAUGUUGAUGGUGAUGCACCAGAAGAUAUUGCAGACUAUAUGGUUGAAGAUAACUUUGUGCUGGAAAAUGAGAAAGAAAAAUUUGUAGAAGAAUUGAGGGCUAUCGUAGUUCAAGCCCAGGAGAUCCUUCAUGUCCACUCUGCUGCAGAAAAAGUCAUUGGACUUGACUCUGUUACCUUGGAAUCUAACAGUAACCAAACAGGAUCAUCUGAACAAGUCCAGAUAAAUUCUGCUUCUACCCAAACCAGCAAUGAAUCUGCUCCUCAGUCAUCUCCAGUUGGUCGGUGGCGAUUCUGUAUCAAUCAGACAAUAAGAAACCGAGAGGCUCAGUCUCCUCCUUCUCUUCAGCCUUCAAUGGCUGCAGUCACUGGGCUACAUCCAUUUCCUAGUUCACGAAGUAAAAAUAAUAAGGAAAUAUCACAGGACACACUGCUCAGUAUAGAAAAUAAUCCAUGCCAACAUGCACUUUUUACCUCCAAAUCAGAAAACAAGGAUGUAGUUGAUGGUAAGAUUUCUGAAUGUGCUGGUGUGAAAAGUGAACAGCCAGCUAUACUUUUUCAAGUGGAAGAUAACAGGCAGAUAAUGACACCAGUUACCAGUAGUUCCACUUAUUCCACUACUUCAGUUCCAAUUGAAUGUGAGGGACUCACUGGCCAAACAGGCAUGUUCAUACCUGUAUAUUCAUGUCACCCACCUGCCAGUCAGGCUGAUGUGCUUGUAGCUCAUGGUGGCAAAUCAACUCAGAUUGCUGGUAAUGCUGUUACAACCUCAACAUUUGUAUCUGAUCAAAAACCUCAGUUCUUACCAGGACAGCAGCCAACUAUGGAUGCAGAGUUUAUUUCCCAAGAAGGAGAAAACAUAGUGAACACUGAAGCAAAUUCUCCAAAAGGAGUCGUUUCCACUCAGACUCCUAGCCUUGAAUCUACUACCCUUUUACCCACUACUGUCCUAGAAUCAGAUGGGGAAAGACCUCCAAAAAUGGAGUUUGCAGACAACCGAAUUAAAACUCUGGAUGAAAAAUUAAGAAACUUGCUCUAUCAGGAACACAGCAUCUCUAGCCUCUAUCCUGAGAGCCAGAAGGACACGCAAAGCAUAGACUCUCCUUUUUCUUCCUCUGCUGAAGAUACACUCUCCUGUCCAAUGCCAGAAGUCAUAGCCAUCAGUCACUGUGGAAUUCAAGAUAGCCCUGCACAAUCCCCUAAUUUCCAACAUAUGGGCUCUAAGAUUCUGUCCAAUGUGGCUGCAAGUCAGCCUGCUAACAUAUCAGUGUUCAAAAGGGACCUGAAUGUGAUAACUUCUGUACCCAGCGAAUUGUGUUUACAUGAGAUGUCCCCAGAUGCUUCACUUCCAGGGGAUCCAGAGGCCUAUCCUGCUGCUGUGUCAAGCGGUGGAGCCAUUCAUCUGCAGACAGGAGGUGGAUAUUUUGGCCUAAGCUUUACUUGUCCUAGUCUCAAAAAUCCUAUUAGCAAGAAAUCCUGGACUCGCAAAUUAAAAAGCUGGGCAUACAGGCUACGGCAGUCAACCAGCUUUUUCAAGAGAUCAAAAGUCCAUCAAGUGGAAACAGAAGAUAUAAGAUCAGCAAUUGCUCCUGAUCCCAUUCCACUGACACGGGAGUCCACCGCUGAUACUAGGGCUUUGAGUAGAUGUAAAACGAUGCGUGGAUCAUUUCAGCGGGGUCGGUUUCAGGUGAUUACAGUUCCUCAGCAGCAAUCAUUGAAAGUGACAUCUUUUGGAAUAGAACACAGAUCAGCAUUCAAGGAAAUAUCGAAUCAGUCCAGUGAAGAAGCUCUGGCCUUUAGUGAAACUGCAAAGUCUCAGUUAGUAGAAGUGGAACCUGCCGUGCACAAUCCUCAGACUUCAGUCUCUUCUCAGAAGUUACAGACUCUUCAUGAAACCUUUAAAGAAGAUAAAGGGAUUUCCAAACAAUUAGACAACUUCCUGUCUUUCAGCAUAGCUUGUGAGACUGAUGUAUCUUCAGUGACCCCAGAAAAAGAAUUAGAAGAAACUUCAGCCACGGGAAGUAGCAUGCGAUCUGGAUCUGAACUGUUGCUUAAACAGAGAGAGAUACUGCCUGCUGAGAAACAGCCUAGUUCUGCUAGUGAAUUUUCAGCCACUCUUGCUGAUAAUGGGAAGACAGUGGCAAAAACUGGUCCAGAAAGUGAUCAGGGCUUACCCCUUCAUGAAGAACAAGCCUAUGCUCAAACGCAGAGUUCACUCUUCUAUUCUCCAUCUUCCCCAAUGAGCAGUGAUGAUGAGUCAGAAAUAGAGGAUGAAGACUUGAAAGUGGAACUUCAAAGAUUACGAGAAAAACACAUUCAGGAGGUGGUGAAUCUUCAAACCCAGCAGAAUAAAGAGCUUCAGGAGCUCUAUGAACGUCUUCGGUCAAUUAAAGAUAGCAAAGCACAAUCUUCAGAGAUUCCUUUGCCACCUGCAUCACCACGUCGACCAAGAUCUUUCAAAAGUAAACUUCGCAGCCGCCCCCAAUCCUUGACACAUGCAGACAAUUCCUUGGUUGCAACAGAUCCACUAUGUGUAGAGAGUAAUAGAGCAUCGUGCCAGCAAUCUCCAGCCAGUAAAAAAGGGAUGUUCACAGAUGACUUACAUAAGCUGGUGGAUGACUGGACAAAGGAAACAGUGGGAAAUUCUCUUAUUAAGCCAAGUUUAAACCAACUUAAACAGAGUCAACAAAAAAUAGAGGCAGAAAACUGGAACAAGGCAUAUGAAAAUACUCCAUCUACUAUGGGCUACACAUCAACAUGGAUUUCUUCUCUGUCCCAAAUUCGUGGAGCUGUCCCAACCUCCUUGCCCCAAGGACUGCCACUCCCUUCAUUUCCUGGGCCAUUAUCAUCAUAUGGAAUGCCCCAUGUUUGUCAGUAUAAUGCUGUGGGGGGUGCAGGGUAUCCAGUACAGUGGGUAGGAAUUUCAGGGACAACACAACAGUCUAUAGUAAUUCCUACCCAAUCUGGGGGACCGUUUCAGCCGGGGAUGAAUUUGCAGGCAUUUCCAGCUCCACCAGUGCAGAAUCCUGCUACAAUCCCUCCUGGUCCCAAGUGAAUCAGAGUAGAUGAUGAAAAAAAGGGAGAUUUUUUCAGAAUUAUUUUCAGGAUACCUAAGAUAUAAAAGUUUCUUCUCCUUGGGUUCUGCCAUAUUUUCCCUCAUUUGAGUUUACUUUCAACUGUAUUUUUUGUUGUUACAAUGUGGUAUUUGAUAUAGCUCAUCAUUCUGUAGAAAUGUGCAAUGUGCACAAAGUACACUGCACACAGAAAUGUUUUUCACUUCAAUCCUAUCCUCUUUGAUACUUGAUUUUUAAAAAAAAAAAUACUCUUCAGAAUGCUUUAAUAAGCUCAGCCUGAGCAUUACCAUUUCCAGGACACUUUCCACACAUUGCUGAGAAGCCCCCAUUUUUUACUGCUGCUAUCUGCAGCUGGAUAUUUUACUUUAAAAUGUAUAAAAAUUACCUAGAUUGAUUAUCCCCAAGCAUGGGUGAAGUGAGACCCUCCAAUAGCCAGAGUCUUGUGGGUUUCUUCACGUGUUUAUCUUAGGUUUACCUUUCAUAGAAGGCAGGGUAACUUGCUGCAGGAAAUUUUUUGGUAUUUAAAUUUAUGAUAACUUUAUCAACCAGUACAGAACAUGAGCCCUUUUUAAUGUGAUUUUCUUCCCGUCAUCACAGCAGUAGGAGUGAAGCCUUGUUUUGAGUGAGGCGGAGGGAAAGGAAAAAACAGAACUGUAACAGUUCCUAGAUUCUACAGAUAUUAUAGCUGCUUUAGGAUUUCGGUAAUAAUUCAAAGCAGCUAUCUCUUUGUUUCUCAUGUGCACACUAUAUUGGUUUUGAGCAUCUGAGAGGCAUUGGUUUGGCUUGCAUUCUUUCGCAAGGGAUAUAUUGCAGCUGAUAUGAAUCUCAUUUAGGGAGAAUCCUUGUAUUCCUAAUAGGGGAUUCAAGGUACACCUCUAUCGAUCCAUUCUUCUGAAGUGAAAUUUACUUGACACAGUAGGUUUUGUAGGUUUUGAGACUUACACAUGAAACACUGGCUUUACAGGGUUCUAAGAGAUGUGGGGUAUACACUGUCCUGCAGUGAGAUAAUAGACCCUAGAAGAAUACUAUUUAAUUUGCUCUUAGAUUUUUUGGAUUUCAUUUUUAGUUGUUAUAAUUUCUUAUUAGUAUCUAUAGUGUCUUAGAUGAUUUUAGAUCUUAGAUGAGUUUGGCAGCCUCUUUAGAAUCUGAGAGAGAUCACUGUCAAGUUGCACUUUACUGGGUUUUAUCCAGUUUUAGGAGGAAGGGAGGCAAUGUCAAAAUGUACACCUUUGGUUUUUAAGAAGGUUAAAUAUAAUAAUUUUAAAGGCUGGUCACAAGGUUACCUAAUGCUCAGUCUGUGAAACCCAAAUAAAAUUCUUUAAUGGUAUUUUCAACUCCCAGUUAUACAUGUUCAAACUAUUUACCUUCCACUCCAAAGAUUUCAAGGUCAUUUCUAGUACAUCUUUACCUAAUUAGGAGUUCCGUCUACUGGUAAACAUUCCAAAAUUUCACUCAAGAUCUCUGUUAAGAUUUUCCACCAUAAUCCUCUAAAAAUUGUACCCCAUGGGCUUGCCAGGUAAUGAGAAAAACAAUGGGUGUACGUCUCUCUCUCUCUCUUUUUUUUUUUUUUGGCACAGUCUACUUUGUAACAUUUAGUAUCCUUUAUAAAAUAAAAAUAUGUCUUAUUUGGUUACCUGAGGAUCACACCCACUACCACAAAGAUUCUGUCACUAUUACUUGGGGCAUCUAAGGCAGCAUUUUAAGAAUUGCUGUUGAUAAGAGUGAGUUUCUUUUCAUUAAACAUCCUGUUUUGGAUAAGGAUGUUUUAUGAAACGAUUUCUUUCCAAAUCUUACGUACAGAGUCUACAAAUUUCUUCUACAGUAUUGGUUUGCAAUUUGAAGUGAUUUUAGGACAUUAGUGCACUGCAAAUGCUUACACUGCAGUGUUUUCCAUUUGUACAAAAACAAUGCUCCUAAAGUCCAUAAUUCUUUAAAACUAUUUGUGUUUUAUUAUAAAAGUUGGCAUUGUGUAAUUACAUUGAGACAUACAACCUAUGAAGUGAAAGUACUAUAGAUUUUAAGACCUCUUCUUCUCUAGUUCUCUUUUUAAACAAUGUACCCCAGGAUUAAAAAAAAAAAAAGAUCCGUGGAUGACAUGUACAAUUACAUUUAUUAAUGGCUGCUCUAUAUCAUAUGUCUUGCAUUUUUGUCACCACCUCUGUUUUAUGUAUAAUUCAUCAUUCUUGUUUGCCUGCAGACUUUUGCAGUGCCUUGUAAUAUUUAGAAUCUUUUCAGGUUUUGCUGGAAAGAAAUGUAGUCUUCUAAAGUUUGAAGAUGGUGAAUAGUGUACUGCUGUCUCCAUGCUGACUGCAGUAGCUGGAUUAACAUAUAUGUUAUAUAUACGUUGUGUAUAUAUAACGUGAGUGUAAAUUUAAAACUACAGAAAAAAAGUGAGUUUGUGCAGAAAUGAAGAAAACAAUGUUAUUCACAUCGCUGUGGGUUUUUAUUUACUAUUUCCCAUUACUUAAAUGAGAUUAUAGUCACUUUGACUGUAAAUAUUGGCUAAUUUUCUAUCUAGGGGUUUUGCAUUAUUUCAUAAUUUUACUAAGUCAUAUAAUAGUGCUGUUUUCAUCCUUGCCUGAGGUACUUUUUCUUCCUAGAAAUAAUUAAUUCUUGAGGUAAAGCUCAGAAAUUCCCUUCUUACUUAACAAAGAGCCUACUAUAUAAAAAAGGCCUUCUAUUCAUUUCCAAAAACACACAAACCUGUCCUUUUCAUUUUCUUUCUUGUAGAAGAGAAAAAGGUUGUGCUUAACCAUUGUGCUUGUAAAGUUUAUUUGGGGGGAUAGUCUGUAUGUCCAGCCACCAUGUUUACUUCUCAAAGUGCAAGUCUGAUGAACAGUACUGUAUCUCCAUAUGUGGCAAUGUGAGUAUUUCAUCAUGAAGUACCUGCUGCUAUGUUUGUGAAGUUGGGUGUAAGAUCAUAAGAAUAUGAAACCAGUAUUGGUGUAAAUCUAAAGUAAAUAACCCUAUGUAUAUUUGUAGCAGUCUUGAAUCUCUAUUUAAGGUAAUUUGCUGUAAUAUAACAAAUAUCCAUUCUGUUUUUCUUCCCUUCCUUGUCAGUUUUAUAUCAAGCAUGAAAUCUCAUGGUUUGACAGCAAAAUUAUCUGUGAAAGUUUAAAAGGCACUUUUCCGCUGUGAUUUUUGGAUUGAGUUUAGAGUGUUAUGUACAGUAUGAUGGAUGUAUCAUCUUAGAACCCCAAAUUUAAUUCUAAUCCAGUUACUUUUGUUUAUCUACCUCGUUUCAGUGCUGUUUUGGGUGCACAAGUAAACACUGCCUGUGAAACUUGCAUUUUUGCCUUGAUUCUCAGUAUUCUUUCAGAUUAUGAAUCUGGCUUGCCUCUUUGUCCCAGCACUAACCAUGAGUUUGAGAUGAGAGAGAUCAUCACUCAGCCACCAAUCUGUGUUUAAGUGAUGAGAGCCAUGUGCCUAUGUGAAAUAAGCUUAGGGGAUUUGGGGAUGGAGAGCAGAAAACUAAAUCUAAGUGGUGGUGAUAAUAGGACUUAGUUGUAGGAAUUAGUUUAAAAAUAAACAAAUGGUUUAAAAGUACCUAAAUUAGUCCAGUGCCUGUAACUUUGCAUUUUUUACUAGAGAUGCAUUUCUCGUCUCUGUGCCUAAAGGGCUAUGGGUUGAAAUUGCUUUAACUACCACAGUGAAAUAUUUGACAAAUCCUACAGCAAUGACCUGUCAUUUAACGUAUUAGUGUACUGCCAAGUAUUUGCGUGAUAUUUUGUUACUUUACAAUGGUUGAAUGCAUUUGAGUUGAAUUAUAAUUGGUGGUAAGGGUUGUAUAUAACUAUCCAAUCUCUAAAGUUUAUGGAGGCAUUGACUUUAUUCCUUGCUGUAUUUUCUGAGUGAUAAAAAUGAUGCAUUCCUUUUUCCCAAAAAAUCUCAGCAAAUGUUUGUAACCAGAUUUUCCUUGUUUCACAUGUUUACUGUGUAACACUACAGCAUAUUUAAUAUUAGUAAAAAUUGUAAUUUCAGUCAUCAUGCAUAACUACAUUCCUGAGGUAUAUUUACCAUCAGUUUGAGAUUUCAGUUACUUCAUCUUCUGUUUGGUUCAGAAAAACUUGGGCCAUGAGGUGGUAUGCAGGCCAUUUUUUAGAAUAGAUUAUUUUUUUAAUCUGUUAUUUUAUUGGGGAUUUGUUUUCCCUCCCCAUGUUUAGAAGACUAGAAAAGGGGGUGUGUGUGCACAGAAAAGGCCUUUGAUUUACUGAAUGUAAUUUCUAGGAUUCAAUUUUUUUAAAAUCCAGAUUAUAAAAUGAUAACACUCAAACUUGGUAAGAUCCUUUAAAGUGGAAUAAGUAUGAAAUUUUUAUGGAGCCAAGUGCUUGCAAGUCACCCUGGAAAUAGUCUUUUUAUGAGAAGGAUGAACACAAACAUUGGUCAGGAACAUUGACAACCAACAUAUGAAAAGGCCUGGGGUAGUAACUAGGUUACACUAAAGUUAUUUUCAAGUGAGAUAGCUAGAAAAGUGUGCAAACCACCAGCUCCAAUUCUAGAAGGUUUUCUUUUAAUUAAAAAAAAAAACUCAAAUAGAAAGGCUAAAAGUCAAGCAAGAAGGGAAGAUAGAAACUCGGCUCUGAGGAAAAAAAAAAUGUGCCAGUGUAAAAUAAACUUCUAAAUGUGUACUUGUCAUCCUUCUAGUUUUUUAAGUUGCAUUUCUUUUUCCACUAUAACUUAAGGUUUGAGGUUGAGAUUUGUGGUCCAGAACAUACCCUCAGCAGAUAUAGUGACUAAUCGGAAAGUGCAGUUGUUCAAGGUCUGUCAUGCUCAAUCACUUAAAGCUGUAAUUUGUUUGAUAUGAAUAUUAAGCAUGUAGACCUAGUGCAGCAUGGGAGCCACUCAGGAAGUUUAUGCAAUUAAUAAACUUUCAUGCAUAAUUUACUAUGAAGUAUGCAGAAUUUCCACCACUUCUCUACACUUAACAUUUAGUUGUAUUUGUGAAUUCUCCUUUCUUAAUUGGGGAAUGUAGCAUUAUAUAGAAUGUUGUUAAACUUAAUUUUAAUCCUUUAUGACAUUAACUUUUUUUUUGGGUAAACCAAGUGAUCGGCCUUUCAGCAGUUGUCUGACUUUGGUUCUUUGAAACUGUGAUUUUUAUUUCAUUUGUACCCAACCAUUGUUAAGUAUUUUGUUUUGUUUCCUGGAAAUUUUGUUUUGAAACAGAAAAUAAAGGCUGUGUUAAAUGAG